AGGGCCAUAUCUUUGGCGGGGCCAGUCGUGGAGCUGUGGCGGCGUCUCCGUAGGAAAUUCCCCAAAUCUGGUCAUCCCAAAAUCAAUCGCGCUCUGCUCAGCCAUGGCGGAGACCGCGACCGCGACCGCUCCUCGGCCUCGGCGCCUCCUCCCGUCCGUACCUACGACCAGCCGCCUCCGCCGCGACCACCCGCGCCAUGUAGCUUCCCCGUGCCGCUCUGCUCGCGUGGAGCUUCUGGUCGCCGACGGCGGCCGUCCUCAGGCGCGGCGCCUAGCUAGACCGACCGCGAGCACAUCAGUCAAGCGCCUCUCGGACGCAUCGGCGCCCGCGGUCGGCUCCGCCAUGCCCGCCCUGCUGCCAUACGGCAGCCGGCCUGCCAUAACAUGGUCCGGGAAUAGAGUACUGUUGGUCGACUGAAUGCAGCUUGCACACUGCCAUGGUCUCGAGUCAAUUAUAGGACUGUACGACAGUGUGGUGUCCAGAUGCAGGCACAUGUUUGAGACUCUAUUUAUGCACCUCAUCUGAAUUAUCCUUCAAAAUGUGUGCAUCCAGUACGUACCCUCACAUGCGACUCCUCGCUGUCAUCAGUGUUCUUAAUUUCUUGCUUCUUUGGCUGCAUGUUGAGAGUGGACAUGUGUCUAGUUGGCAUCCCUUGUUGGCUAGCUCCUGUAACAUGGAAAUGGAUAGCAUAUUCAUUCACCAGUAGACUACUACUGCUAGUACCACUACUCAGUUGAUCUGGACUCACUGGCAAGCAGUGUCAUACUCUUCAGUUCAGGUGUUCUCUUCCUUCAGAGUUGUGAGUGCUUGCGUUGCAGGAUCAAGCUCACAACAAUGGCUGGAGGGCCGUUGGGAUUCUGGAAUGACUGGGCGUCCCAGAUUGGGGUUCUCUUGAGCCUCUUCUUCCAGGUCAUGCUCCAUAUCUUUGCCAACAUCCGUCGGCAUAAAGAUGGCUCAAAUUGGCUGAGGUUCCCCCUCUGGGUGGCGUACCAGCUGUCCGACUCCACUGCGACAUACGCCGCUGGCCAGCUCCUCUUAAGCGGCGCAAAAAAAGACCACCACCUCAUCGCCUUCUGGGUGCCGUUCCUCCUACUGCACCUCGGCGGCCCGGAUAACAUCACCGCCUACGCCCUCGAGGAUAGCAAGCUCUGGGGGCGCCAUUUGCUAAUCCUUCUGGUCCAGGUCCUGGGUGCUGGAUAUGUCCUAUACAAGCAUAUUGUCGAUAGCGGGACCUUGCUCAUGGUGGCUGCCAUCUUGAUAUCUGUUGUCGGUGCUGCAAAGUAUGGGGAGAGGACAUGGGCGCUCCGAUCCGCCAAGUUCAGCAGCCUCCGGAGCUCUCUCAAGGUACGGGCACAUGGCAUACAUCACCAGCAAUUUUACACCGAGUAUCAAGACUGGUACAGCGAUGACGAACUAGUCCUGCAGCAUGCUCACUCCCUGUUUCAUAUCUGCAAGCGUGGGAUAGUUGAUUGCGUGAUUGCGGUGGAUGACUCGGAUAGCCAGAAUGAGGUAGAUUCUCUGGACAGCAAAAUAAUCCAGGGCUUUUCGAAAGACCGUCAACACAUGUGGAGGGUGAUGGAGAUGGAGCUCUCCCUCAUGUAUGAUAUCCUGUACACAAAGGCAAGCGCAGUCCACACUUGGGUUGGCUACUGCAUCCGUGUCAUCUCGCCGCCCGCCAUUGCCACCUCUCUCGUCUUGUUCCAGUUGAGCAGCAAAGAUGAUUACAGCCUAGUUGAUGUUGCCAUCACGUACACCUUGUUGGUUGGCGCCUUGUUCCUGGAGACGAAAUCGCUCCUUGUCGCACUAGGGUCAAGCUGGGUCUUUGCCUUCUUGUGUACCACACAAUGGGAUUGGCUCCGGCAUUCUGCUCUGUGUUCUGGAAGAUGGCAUUGGCUUCGGCACACACUUUUUUCUCUUCGCCGGUUUUGGCCUGGCAAGAUGAUCAUGACAGUAAGCUCAAGGAGAUGGUCAGGCACCAUGGGGCAGCGCAACAUGCUGCGGUCUUGUGCCAGACAGGUGGAUCCGAUGAGUCAAUGCCUAGGCAAUCUGUCCAAGAUGCUGAACCUUGGUGAGUGGUGGGACAGGAGGCAGUUGUGGACCAUUGAUGUCCCUGAGAAGGUCAAGAAGUUUGCAUGGAGUAAUGUCACAGCAAUUGAUAUGAACACAAUGGGCUUGCUCAGGACUGGAUGGGGUAAAGCGGCACUGGAUGAAGAGCACUACCCUGGGCUGUUGAUUGAGUUGGAUGUCUUUCAUGGAGUUGACUUCCAUGAGAGUGUCAUCAGCUGGCACAUCGCUACCGACUUGAUCCUUGCUGCAACAGACCGAAGGGGCGAUCACGUGUCUGACGAUGAGGUGGAGCUAGUCAGUGUACUGUCCAACUACAUGAUGUUCCUCCUCGUGGGCUCCCCCGACAUGCUACCAGGCCUUCCUCAAAACUGGUUGUACGAGCAAACCUGCAAACAGCUAGAGAAGAUACGCAGUAAACACGUUGCUGGUUCUCCUCGCAAAAGCGUCUACACUGUGCUGAAGAACUUGUUCCGACCACACCAUCACCGUGGCUGGAAACCUUCUGAGCUUGAGAAGGAGAUCGCCAUUGACAUACUGAAAGAGCUGGAAGACCCCAACUUCAAUAAUCCUAGGCUCAGUUAUGCACGCACUAUUGCGAGAACAGUGCUUCGUAGAAAGGAAAAUAAGGUUUGGAUGCUGCAAAGGCUGUGGUUGGACUUCCUGUUCUACGCAGCCAACCGGUGCAACAGGGAGGCGCAUGCGAGGAAGCUUGGCAGCGGCGGUGAGUUGUUGACCGUCGUGUGGCUUUAUCAAGAACACCUCCACCAAGUAAAACAGGACAGGAAAAAGAGGCAGAGCCCUGUGUAAUACACUGUACUAAUAAUGAAUGUCCGGAAAUAUCCUCACUUUCUGUACUUUGUAAGCAUAAUAUCAUUCUUCAGUUCAGAACCCUUUGUUCUUGCUCA